GCGUUUUUUCGAUAGGAUGAUUAUAGCAAAGUAGUACGAGUAAGUGGACUUUGCAUGGUUCGCGCUCAUCUGAGAGAUUUUUCCCUGAGAUUGAAGCAAGCGGACCGUGACACACCACCACAUUGCAGUCCAUAUCACACCGAACAUGGCGGUCCGGGAAAGGCAAAAUUCUAAGCUAUACACUAGCGAGGAAGUAAAGAAACAUUGUACAAAGGAUGAUUGCUGGGUGAUUAUUAGUGGCCAAGUGUACAACCUUUCAAAAUGGAUUCAGUUCCAUCCUGGCGGAGAGUURCCCAUUCGUUAUAUGGCAGGCCAUGACUGCACAGAUGUCUUCAAGGCUUUUCACCCUGACUGGGUAGCGGAGAAGAAGCUUCCAGCGUUUAGAAUCGGUAGAGUAAAGGGAGAAAGCGACGAAAUCAAGAAAACCAAGCUUAGCGAAGAUUUUGAAGAAAUGAGGAAGAAAAUUAUUGAAGAUGGCGGCCUCGUUACUAACUAUUGCUUCUAUGCAAAGAUAGUGUCGAUGUUGGCCUUGGUCUUUGCUGCCAUUAUCUACUGUGUCAUMUUCUCUAACAAUGUAAUGUUUCAAAUUUUUGGAGCUGUUCUGCUUGCAGUCUUCUGGCAGCAAAUGGCAUUCAUUGGACAUGACACUGGACACCAUGCUAUCACCCAUAACUCCAAGUGGGAUGACUGGAUUGGGCUUUUUGUUGGUAAUCUUAUGACGGGUGUGAGCAUUGGAUGGUGGCAAAGAAGUCACAAUGCCCACCACAUUGUAACCAACUCCAUUGAAUUUGACCCAGACAUUCAACAUCUUCCAGUUCUAGCUAUCUCUGAUAAAUUUUUUAAGUCUAUCUAUUCAUACUACCAUGAAAGAGUAAUGGCCUUCGAUGGUAUAGCCAAGAUUUUUGUCAGGUACCAACAUUAUUUGUACUUCCUCAUCAUGGGCUUAGCAAGAUUCAACUUGUAUCUGCAAAGCUUUCUAUUGGCACUCUCAAAAGAGAAAGUGAAGUACAGGUUCUUGGAGCUGCUUACAAUGUGCCUAUUUUGGAGCUGGUACCUGUAUUUAUGCUCACACCUUCCAACAUGGCCAACCAGAAUAGUGUUCAUUUUGCUGGCCCACUUCUUGGCUGGGAUUAUUCACAUUCAAAUAACCCUAAGCCACUUCUCCAUGGAAACACAUCAUGGUAUUCCACAAGAAGCUUUUCAAACUGACAAGUUUCUACUGUCCCAGAUGAAUACCACCAUGGACAUUGAGUGUGACCCCCRUUUUGAUUUCUUCCAUGGUGGGCUACAAUUCCAGUUUGAGCACCACCUUUUUCCACGUGUUGCUCGUGAAAAGCUCCGUGGCAUACAGAUGCAGAUGAAGGCUCUAUGCAAGAAGCAUGGCUUACCCUAUCAGUCCAAGAGCUUCAUUGAUGCCAACAUUGAGGUCAUAAACUGCCUGAAAGAAACAGCUCAGAAGUCAAAGUGCAUCUCACCUAUGUUGUGGGAAGGUAUUCAUGCCAUAGGCUAAAUGUAUAAAAAGCCAUAUUCUUCUUAAAUAAGUAGGACAUAAAUAUUUAUGUUUAUCUUUAGAUUUUAUUUCGGUUGUCUAGAAUUGCAUUUGUAGGAAAGGAAGCAGGGUUGAAUCCAGUGAUUUUAAAAUUGUUGUGACUAUUACAAAGGUUUUACCAGAAAUUUGAGAAAAAGGAGGGAGGUGACUGAAACUAAUGAUAUACUGAAAACAUUUUGAGCAAAAGGGUUUUACCACCCCUGAAUCUGCCCCUGAGAAGAUUGAUUAUUGCAAUAAAACUAAGUUUAAUUCUAUGUAAGUUCCAGUUAAUAUUGAAAUUGAAAGCUGACCCAGCUUGAAGGAGGUUGAUGUUGAAAUGGCUACCAGAAAUGUAGGUCUUUGUAUAUGUCUUGAUUCUUUACUCUACAAAACACAAUUUUGUUUGUAUUUUAAGGAUAGUUUAAGUUGACCAUAGAAGAACAAUGGAAGAAAAUGAAAUCUCAUAAAAUUUAUGUAUGACCAUUGGAUUCCUUUUUUUUUCAUGAUUGGCAUUCACUAGUGCACAUCCUACUUUUUGAUUUUUAUUCUCGAUUUAGUAUUCUCGACUAUAGUCUAUUAUAUAUUUGCUCAUUUUGGAUAAUGAGUGCAUUCAAAAGUUUUUUUUUAUUGUUUGCAUAUGUUGCUAGGUGAAUAGGUAUCUUUAAAGUAGCUUCCAAAUGGUUUAAUUUCCAAUUAAUAUAUUCCUUUCUCAGCUAUAUCGUAAAGAAUGCAAAACAAUUCAACCAAUCAUAUUCAAUGUAUAGCUGGAAAAUCAUAAGAAACAAAUAAAGAAUAAGAUCAUUACUUGUGAUACAUGGCAACACAGGUGGGGGUUACCUUGCAGUGUGUUGCAGUUUAUUUACAUGAAUAACAAAUAUAAACAUUAAUAUAUCAUAAAUGUAAGACUGUGAAAAAAUGAGACUUGUAUGAGGAUUACUUGACUAAUAAUUGUUAGUGGUAUUAUGACAUAUACUAUAUUCCCUUGGUCAAAGUUGUAACCCUCAACUAGUUUCACUUUCAGUACUGUACCAGCCACCAGUAGUUGAAACUUAUGCCAUCUUUCUUUUCCCCACUAAUGAUUAUUAGAGUUGUUUUGUAAAAGAGAAUGAUGGUUCUUAUUCAGAGAAUUCAGAGUAUUGUUCUUUUGCAUUAAGUAGCGCUAGUGCUGAAGAAAUGGAAAACAUGAUACAUUAUAUGAUAUAAUUUUAUUAGAUCUAGAAUGAGUGGGAAAGCUCUAAUAUUAAAACAGAUUGAAAUGUUUUUUCUAUGUGACAAAUAUUACAGGAAAUAUUUAAUAGGUUAUUCCUAUUCAUUUUGAUAAUAUUUUUUGAAAGAGAAUAGAUAAUGAAUCAUUUUGAGUUAGGAUCUGUAUUGUGUUAAUAAUUCUAAGAAAAGUUGUUUAUUUGAACAGAAUAAACAAAGAUUUCCUAUUGCUUUACUUGUUGCAUGCAUGAUUAUACAGUUUACAAUAUAUCACUAUAAACUUUAAUUCUAUCAUUUGUCAUCUCUCAAACAAAUUUUCUUAGAGUUAUUCACUAGCUCUACUGCAAAAGCUUCAAUUUCACAGAUCCUUAAUUAUCCAUUGUGUCAGAGGAAACCCAUGCUAUAUUUAUAUUAUAGAUAUAAUAUAUAUUGUAUUUAUUUCCACCAUAGUUUUAGUGUAUUAAGCAGUACAUGUUGAACCCUCCAGGGACCUUUUGCCCCUGCAAGUAUAGCUUUAGGCUUAUUCAAGGCACUUAAACCUCCCACCAAGAUAUAAAGGUUGCAGCUCAUGGGUAAUAGGGAGAUGGGCAUAUUGUUCAUCCACUCAUAUCAGUCACUGAGUGUUUUUUAUUAUGAAAAUAUUAUGGGAUUUUUUGAAAAUAAUGACUUCAUCAGCAGUACAGUGUGCACUUCAAGAACAGAAUUUUUUUAUUUUAUAAAUAAUAUAUUAUUAUUGAUAUUUUAUCGUACAAUGAAAUUUACCAUACUAUUUUUUUCUGUUCUAUUGACGACUUUUAAAACUCCAGUGUAUGCAGGCUUAGCCUUGAAUCCAGGAGCUCAUGCUUAUUUUAUUAUUUUGAUGUCAGUUUUUGUUGUCCAAUCUCAGAAGCUGAAGUGAGGCUAAUUAAAAGCCUGCAUGACUGGAGCUUUUUAAGUCUAAUUAGAAAUUUUGCUCAAUAGUUCAAAAUUUAUCAGCAUUCUCUCUCCUUUACCAAUAUUUCUCAGUCUAUAUGGUAUAAUAUGUUAUGUGCUCUUAAUGUGGGAGAAAUUCAUUUUAAAUCUAUUCUAAUGUUAUAUAUUAUGGACCUAGUAACUUAAAACUUUCCCAAGGUUUAAGGAAAAUAAAAUCGGAUAAAAGUUAGUGUA